AGUCUCAAUUCGCUUCACAGAGGCUUCAUCUUAUUUUAACCAGCUGACUUUGAAGUUUUACAUGUAAAACUAAUCCAGUAGUGCCACAUAAUAUCAAAUGAGACGUGGAAUGGCAAAAUAUUACAGUACUUUUAAGUUAAUUUGAACAUUUCAGACCAACGAUUGGGGUUUGUUUGGGAGACAAAUCCGCAGUGGAUGAGAAGUUGCGUUUGAAAAACGGCCUAGUACCUAGACUACGUGUAAGCGAACGGAUAGGUUUUUAACGCCAAAACAAACGGGCAGCAAUCGAUCAGCCGGUUGCUUAAGCGUAAGAAUGGUGUGUCAUCAUUUCUUAAAAUAGAUGCUUGGGCUGUUUGUUCAGAUACCGAAAUGUCGUUUUCAGGUGGAUUUCCUGAAACGAUGAACAUAAGUGACAUGACUGAGGUUAAUCAGUAUUGAUCCAGGUCUUAUGUAGUAUGGCAGCUCACUUCAGAACGACCGAUCAGCACAAAAAUCCCGGUUCCAAACGAAUCUGUCAAGAGCGGUUUUCUUGCAACGGGUCUAAAGCGGAGUUUGAUUGUUCUGACUGCGGAACAAGGCAGUGCUCCGAAUGCGAGAAACGGCUGCACGCAAGCAAUCCUCGGUUUGUUGACCAUUCUCGCGCUAGGAUUCAGCAGCCGGUAUUGCCAGCAUCUGUUCAGAAAUGUGGAAUGUGGUGUAACCCCAUCAAUCCUGCCGAGUACUCGUGUAUUGAAUGCAAAGGAGUUUUAUGCGGGGAGUGCAAUCGGGAUUUCCACAGGGGUAAACACUCUAAACAUCACCGCCGUCCCAUUGUCGUCGCGAUCAAAACAAACUCGGAUGUUUCUGUUGAGGUUGAAAGAGUGAGAGAUACAGCCACCUCAAACAUAUUUUCCCUGAGUGACAGCCAUUCAGAACAAAGUCGGAUAUUCUCUGGAACUUUGCCAGAGCAUGAAACACCGGUAAACUCAUUUACUGAGGAGUUUCAAAGUGCAAUUGAAGUUUGCUUGGAUGACAUUUUUCCAGUGUUGCAGAAACUAGAAAGCCCCCCAGAGUUGAAUAUUAGACUGGCAGAAGGACAGUCCAAGGAAUUCAAAACUUUUGCCAUGGAUGAGUUGUCUAGCAAUGAGUUCCGUAGUCUGGAGGAAGGUCUAGAGAGAGUAAUGAAAGAGAAACCCAAAGCAGUUGAGCUAGACGUUGCCCGCUUUGGGAUGUCUGAAGAACCAAGUGCUCUUUCUUUUAAUUCAGGACAUUUCACCCCCAGUGCUGAAACUAGUGUUCUGCAUUCUCAUGAAUCGAUUAAACCAGCCCCCAAGUCUAGAUCAACUAAACAGCAUGCAAUAGCUUCCCAGCCUGGAAAAGAUACUGUCAAUGCAAAGCAAGAAUCUAAGUCAUACUCAAGCUCCACUACUCAACAGCCACUUCACUCUGUAGGUGACGAGUGUGACCAAAGGAAGAGUGACUCCAGCAUGUCCCGUUCCAAGCCAAGUACCCAACAGAAGGCUCCCAUCUUGUCCAAUCCAAGUCGCGAGCCAAACUUGGUUAGGCCAGUUGCAUCAGUGAUGGGUACUUCGCAGAACUCCAUCAGCUCCAGUGAGGGAGACGGAGAGACAGAGUCUCCCAGAGGCAGUGUGAGUCGGAGGCAGAUCGGCACUCAAGGAACAGGGAAGGACGAUGCAUUCUCUUCAAUACAGCUAAAGACCAAGGAGCCCGUCUUCAGAUAUAAGCCAGGGUUCCUACUGGUUGAUGAAAAUGAAAAUCUUCAGGUUGAAACAGCAACCAGGUUUGCUGAGCAUCUGAGUUGUCCCCCUGACACGCCAGUCAAGGUUGUAUCCAUCUUCGGCAAUACUGGGGAUGGCAAGUCCCACUCCCUCAAUCACACCUUCUUCUGUGGCCAAGACGUCUUUCGCACGUCCCCCGCCCAGAACUCCUGCACCAUUGGCAUCUGGGUGGCCUACGACGAGGCAACCAGUGUCAUUGUCAUUGACACGGAGGGUCUGCAGGGUGUCUCCACCAACGAGAACCAGCGCACCCGGCUGCUCCUGAAAGUGCUGGCCAUCUCGGACGUGGUUGUGUAUCGCACGCGGGCCGACCGCCUCCACAGGGAUCUGUUCCAGUUUCUCGGGGAUGCCUCCAAAGCGUACAGUCGUCACUUCAACCGGGAGUUGAAGGCUGCGUCAGAGAGGGGUCACCUGAGCGGAUCACUCACCAGUCUUGGGCCAGCUGUUAUUGUCUUCCAGGAGACAACUCAUACUCUACCAUUAGGAUCUGACCAACCUGCACCAGGCGACAGCCUUGGUGUCUCAGCUGAUGCCAUCCUGAGAGAACGCUUCAAGGAAUAUGGCCACAGCAUCGAUGCCUUCAGCUGCGUUCAGUACAUCGGAACUCAGACCAUCACACCCCCAACCGAUUUCAGAAGUCUGCGUAGGGCCAUACUGGCUCAUGUGCGAAAUGAUAGUGUCAGGUCCCCCAGACCUCCAACAGUGAUCUACAAUGCACUCAAGGUCUUGAAUGAUAAAUUCAGCGGUGAAAUCGACGCCACUGUGCCUUCCACCUUCCCUGAUGAGUAUUUCACCUGUUCAGAUCGCUGUCUUUCCUGCGAUGCGCGCUGCGGUCGCACCAUGAACCACAGCAAGGACAACCUGCCACAUCAGUCAGAGUCACGCUGUCGAUACCAACACCAAUUUGAUAACCAGGUGUUCAUUUGUAAGAAUUGCUAUGAGCGUGGCGAGGAAGUGUUAGUGGUCCCCAAGACCUCCUCCUCAGGAGAUACAUCAUGGUUAGGUCUGGUCAAAUAUGCCUGGUCUGGAUACGUUUUGGAGUGUCCCAACUGUGGGAUCAUUUACCGCAGUCGACAGCACUGGUAUGGGAACCUUGAUCCCGAGCAGACUGCAGUGAGAACAGAGAUCAGACAUGUGUGGCCAGGAGGUUGCACUGUGCUUCAAGGUACCCACAAUGCAGCGAGGCGUGUGGUGGAUGGACUGUCCUCAGUCAUUGAGACAGUGAGCUCAGUCAGUGCUCGCCCCACCCAAAUGGUGACACAGUGGAUGACAGAUCAGAUAGCACCAGCCUACUGGCGACCUAAUGCCGAGAUCACAGUCUGCCACAUGUGUGAGCAUCCCUUCGGUGAAGGGGAGAAGAUCCAUCACUGCCGUUCCUGCGGAGAGGGUUUCUGUGAUGACUGCUCCUGUCAUCAGAUGCCCGUCCCGGAGCGAGGCUGGGGGGAUAAGCCAGUCAGGGUGUGUGAGCAGUGUUAUAUGAAGAAAUGCCAAGAUCCUGGCCUGGCUGAGGUAACCCCAGAGGAUGCAGCCGAGCAGCCAGUAACGGUCCGGAGGGUUGGUGAGGUGGUACAAUCCACGUUCAGUGUGCUGGGGAAUGCCAUGCAGUACCCGCUCGGUUUCAUGGUAGAUGCAGCACGCCCUGCCUACUGGGUACCAGAUAGUGAGAUCAUUGUGUGCUCCUGCUGCCAGCUGGAGUUUACAAGCAAGAUGCGCAAGCACCACUGCCGUGCCUGUGGGAAGGGGGUCUGCGGAGAUUGCUCGGAGAAACGUCGCCCGGUGCCCUCACGGGGUUGGGACGAGGCCGUUAGGGUGUGCAACAAGUGUGACAAGAAACAAGGUCCGCUGUAACCACAACAGGUUUGUGGAACACGAGAAUACAAUCACAAAUGUAGUUCCAACUCAUCAAUUUGUGUCCAUCUGUCAAGGGCAGGUACAAGGGUAGAUCCAGAACUUCUAUUUUUGGAGGGGGUGCCAAACUUUUUUUGGGGGGGGAUUUUAUUUAGCUUUUUAUGGUUUUGCUAUUGGGUGAGGCCCCAUUUUGGGGCUUCUUUACUCACUUCAGAAGGAAGAGCAAUGAAGUCAACAGAAAGGCCUUUCAUCGUUCAAAACAAAAAUUGUUGUUUUUGCUCUUUUUUUUACAAUGGCAAAUAGGAAGUAACACUAUAGACUAACCAGAAAAUAUAAAACUGCAUGAGCUUUCGUAGCAACAACUGCUCCAUCAGAUGCAAUGAGUAGAAAGCCACUGUCUCUAUCCAGUCAGCUUCUAGAUAAUCUUUUGUUCAGCAGCUUCCCUUUUUUUUGGGGGGGGGGGAGGUAUGGUCCUGUCGGCUGUCAUCCACAUAUCUCAUCUCGUCACAUUGCUGUCUCAACUUUUGGAAAACACCAUUGAAGUCUUUGUCAGCCAGGGGAUUCCUUCAAUUUUUAUAAUUCCUCAGGAGCUUGUUGAAUCCUGCACCCUCCUUUUCUUUCCUGAGUAGGGAAUCCCUCACUCGUAUGAGCUGAAAGUUCCUCUCUGUAUCUAAAUCACUAAUUUACAUUUUCACCCUCAGAAAGACUCGGUGCAGUUAGUUUGCUUAGUUUAGAAUGCCACUGCUUUUAUUCUGUGAUGCCACUUGUCUCACAAUUUUAAAGCUGAAGGGUGUUUAUGUAAAUUAACUUCAUAAUAUAAUUUGAUGAAUUUGAAUAACAGUUUGAAGCUAUGCAUGCAUGUUGCUGUAGUUUAAUUUUCGUCAUCUUGAUAAGUGACAGUCCAAAUUUGCUAGCCUUCUGUAAGAUGAUUGCUUUGUUUGCUUUGACGUAAAAUGGUUAUUUAACAGGGAAUUGGUCAUUGCAACCCAUAUUAUGACUAACAGAGCAGUUUCUCUUCACAUUUAUAAAAAAAUCAUCAUUUUGGGUGUUCAGUUCCACCGCUAGAAUGCUCAGAGUAAUAAAAAUAAUACGUUGAUGAGGACAGCAAUCAAAUCUAGCGAUUUGAUGAUGUCAUAAUAUGGCUCUCAUCCCCUAGAGUUUCUUGACUUUGGGGCCAUUAUAGGGGGCUUCAUAGCACAAGAACAGAGAAAAAACAGGUAGUAAGUUAGAUGUUAUUCAUGGCAAAUGACCACGGCAGUCUGCUUAAAAUUCAUAAGGACCUUGCUCUGGUUCAAAUUGGGACGGUUCAACUUUAUCAUAAGUCGCA